AUGCGUAAGGCUGGUAUGCAGGUCGAUCAGAAACUGCAAAACAUUGGGCUGCGUGUAGAUGCCUUUGAUCCAAGCUCGAUUAUCCAUCCGAGUCUGGAAAAUGAUGUGCUCAAGGUGGUGGGGCAGGAAAUUCAGCCUGAACAAGGAUUGUUGAUUGGCCAGCAUUAUGCCUUGGCAGGCUAUGGUCCCUUACUCAUGUUGCUGGUGACGAGCCCUACGGUACGUGAUGCACUGAAUCAGGUGAUCCGUUUUCAGCAGUUGACGCAUCUGACCGGUCAAUUGGCUUUGGAACACAGCGAACAUUAUAGUGCGCUAUGUUAUCGAGCCAAGCAGCUAGAUGAUCAUUUGGGAAUGUUGCUGGCACAGGCGGAGAUUUCCGGAACUUUUAAGUUUAUCCGGGAAAUUUACAAAAUGAUGGAUAAAGCUUUACGAUUAAUUGAAUAUAAGCAGUAUUCGAUUGAAAUGAUUGCAGAAUUAUUGGGCUAUUCCGAGCCGGCCGCUUUUAACCAUGCCUUUAAACGCUGGUUUGGGCAAAGUCCUCGGCAAUAUAUAAAAUAG